AUGGAGAGUCACAGUAGUGAUGCUGAGGCGGAGAAUGUAAGGACUCAUUCAUCAGUUUCACGGUGGAGUCCUACAAAGGAGCAAAUAGACAUGUUAGAGAACCUUUACAAGCAGGGAAUAAGGACUCCCAGCACUGAGCAAAUACAACAGAUUACCUCUAGGCUCAGGGCUUAUGGUCACAUCGAGGGAAAGAAUGUCUUCUACUGGUUUCAAAAUCACAAAGCUCGCCAAAGACAGAAGCUGAUGAAGCAACAAACCAUUGCAUAUUCCAAUCGCUUUCUUCAUGCCUCCCACCCCAUUUGCCAAAAUGUUGCCUGCGCUCCAUAUUGUUUGCAACGGAGUGGAUUCAGCUUUUAUCCUCAACAAUCGAAGGUGCUUGCAAGUGGAGGUAUAAGUUCAACUGGGCCUUUAGGCAUGCAAAGAAUGUUUGAUGGCAUGCAGAGUAGUGAACACCCGGAUUGUAACCGUGAAGUCUUAACUCUCUUUCCUCUUCAUCCAACCGGCAUUUUGAAAGAAAAAACAACUCAUCAAGUGCCUUCCCUUGCUUCAACUUCUGUUGUUGCUGUUGAUGAAGAUGGUCAUCUUGGAAAUCAGCCCUUCUUUAAUUUUUUCACUACUGAACCAAGGUCGAGAGAGUGA